ACUUUUCUUUCACUUCUUCUGCCGUCUCUGCAUUUACUACCAAGUCAUCUGCAGACAGCAGCUCCCAUGGUGCCUCUCCUUGCUUCCCUUGUUGCCUCCUCCAUUACUGUUAUAAACAAGAGCGGGCUAAGGGCAGAUCCAUGGUGAACCCCCACUCCAAUUUUGAACUCAUCUGAUGUUCCCACCACUGUUUUCAUCCUCUAUUUUCUACCUUCACAUAGUCCCAUCACCGAUUCGACCAAUCUUUCUGGUACUCUUUGCCUUCUCAAUGCCCAUCUUAGAAUUUCCCUUGGUACUCUGUCAAAUGCCUUCUCUAGAUCUACAAAAACAUGAUACAAUCUCCUCCUCUGCUCCAUAAACCUUUCCUGAAGCCCUCUCAUAGUAUAUAUUGCUUCACUUGUUUAUCUCCCAGGGCAAAAGCCAAACUGACAUUUAGCAAUUCUUAUUAUCCUUCUCAGCCUCUUCUCCAGGACUUUUUCAUAUACCUUCAUGCCAUGCUCCAGUAACCUUAUCCCCCUAGAGUUACCACAUUUCAAAGCAUCUCCUUUCCCUUUAAAAAUGGGUAUAGUGCAGCUUCCUUUCCAAGCUUUUGGUAAACGCGAAAAAGUGUUGGUUUGUGAGAAAUAUGGAGACAGGUGUCCAGUGUUGCUUUACACAAACAAAUAAAAAGCUAUUACUUACAUAGAAUUACAUAGAAAAUCAGACCACACAGACCCCAUGGUCCAGACUAGGUGGUCUGUCCUUAAACCUAAGUGAUUCUACAUUAAUCAUUGGGCAUCGAAAAAUUAAAUAAAUCAAAAAUUCAUCAUGAGGUGUUUUAUUACGUCCCACUGCCACUCAGCGAGCGAUGAUGGCGGAAUCUUUACAUAAAUGACUCGGCCUGAGGGAACCUUAAGAUGGCGGCUGCGGGCUGCAGGAUUCCUACCAGGCUAGUACAGAGAAAGCCAAUCCAGUUAUAUUAGAGAUCAGAGGUUAGAUCCCUGAACCCCAACCCCAGCAUUUUGUACUUGUUCUUUACAAUGUGUCUAUAAUAUGUACAUUCUAAGCUUAGCAGCUGUAAGGCCAAAUACACUGUUUAUUAUUGCUAUGAAUGCUCAGCCACACACUUGACCAAUAAGCCCCGGCCACAACAGCCAGCCCAGGACAGUCACCAAAAGAUCAGACCUUUCACAGGACCCACCAACCACAUGCAGCCUAGGUUGGAAAGUGAAUAAUAGAUCAUGCUGUCACAUUUGUUCCAAUAAAUGAUUAUUUUCUGCUCUCUGUGCACCACACAGCCCUCUACCACCACCACAACAAACACUUGCGCUCCCCCACACAGCAGAACUGAAUCAGCACUGAGCCUCAGCAGGGGAAGUGGACCUUCAUGUGCUGGGCAAUCUCACCCUUAGUCAUGAAACGUUUUCCACAAACAUCGCACUUGAACCCUUUAUGACCAGAGUGUCUGAAGAUGUGCCUGUUCAAUGCACUCUUCUGUUUGAAUCUUUUUCCACAAACUUCACACUCAUGAUUUCUUGCACCAGUGUGUGUAAGGGUGUGUGUGUUGAGGGUAAUCUUCAGACUGAAACAUUUCCCACAAACUUCACACUCAUGAUUUCUUUCACCAGUGUGUGUAAGGGUGUGUGUGUUGAGGGUAAUCUUCUGACUGAAACAUUUCCCACAAACUUCACACUCAUGAUUUCUUUCACCAGUGUGUGUAAGGGUGUGUGUGUUGAGGUGACUCUUCAGACUGAAACAUUUCCCACAAACUUCACACUCAUGAUUUCUUUCACCAGUGUGUGUAAGGGUGUGUGUGUUGAGGGUACUCUUCCGACUGAAACAUUUACCACAAACUUCACACUCAUGAUUUCUUUCACCAGUGUGUGUAAGGGUGUGUGUGUUGAGGGUACUCUUCUGACUGAAACAUUUACCACAAACAUCACACUCAUGAUUUCUUUCACCAGUGUGUGUAAGGGUGUGUGUGUUGAGGUUACUCUUCUGCCUGAAACAUUUCCCACAAACUUCACACUCAUGAUUUCUUUCACCAGUGUGUGUAAGGGUGUGUCUGUUGAGGGUAAUCUUGAGACUGAAACAUUUCCCACAAACUUCACACUCAUGAUUUCUUUCACCAGUGUGUGUAAGGGUGUGUGUGUUGAGGGUACUCUUCCGACUGAAACAUUUCCCACAAACUUCACACUCAUGAUUUCUUUCACCAGUGUGUGUAAGGGUGUGUGUGUUGAGGGCACUCUUCAGACUGAAACAUUUCCCACAAACUUCACACUCGUGAUUUCCUUCACCAGUGUGUGUAAGGGUGUGAUGUUUGGGGUUACUCUUAUUACUAAACCUUUUGCCACACUCACGGCUUUCAUGAGGUCUUACACCAGAGUGUGUGGGUGUAUUUGUUGAGGUCAUCCUUCCCUGCAUGUCUUUUCCCACACACUUGGCUGUGGCUAGUAAACUUGCUCUCACUCUCAGAUCUUCUCACACUUCUGAAAUUCAAACUUCCCCCUUUGUGGAUGAGAUGCCAGCAGUAGCGGCUGUUGUUGUUGGUGGUGGUGGUGUUUCUCAUCACUCCUGAACCUCACACCAGUAGCAGUCUGCUCCUGCUGCUCCCAGCCACUCCAGCU